AUUAUCAUAAAUAUUAUUAUUAUGGUGUGAUAAUUUCUACUCGCAUCAGAGUUUGUGGAAGCAUCCAUGAUCCAUGUCCGACCAAACCACUUUUCCGAUCCUACAUUCUUCUCCACCGCCGCAGCGCCGCCAUUUCCAACAAUCUCCGGCAAAGGCACUCGGUCGCUAUCGUUUACAUCAACAUUAAACCAUAAAUUACCCCUAAACACCAACUACCAAUUGAGCUCCUCCUUACAACGCCAUUAUUCCCUCAAUCGCAGCUCAACCUUUUCCCAGUAUUUGUUCCUCUCCGCAUUCUCCGUCGCUCUCUUGAUUCUCCGCCUUACUUCCUCCGUAAUCCUUCCAGAUUUCUCUCACCGUUGGCGCCAGCUGAUUGCCUUUUCUUCCCACGCCGAGGCCGAGCUCAUCGACGCCCCCGAUUACCUCUUCGAUGCCGCCGUCGCCUAUGAAGACCGCCGCUUCUUUAGCCACUUCGGCGUCGACGCGAUUGGCGUGGCACGCGCCGUUGUCUCGCUGUCUGCGCGUGGCGGCGGCAGCACUAUUACGCAGCAGCUUGUCAAAAACACUCUUUUGAAGAACGAGCGCACAUUUUUGAGGAAAUUUGUGGAAAUGGUGCUGGCAGUAGCACUCGAGAGGAGAAUUUCAAAAUUGAGAAUCUUGAGUGCUUACUUGUGUAAGAUAUACUGGGGACAUGGCAUUUACGGAAUAAAUUCUGCAUCGAAGUUUUAUUUUGGAAAACAUCCGUCUCUUCUUACUUUGGGUGAAUGCGCCCUGCUCGUGGGGAUGAUCCCCGCCCCAGAGGUCCGAUCACCAUUCCGAGAUUACCAUAGAGGAAAGACCUUCCAAGCUAGAGUCUUGAAGAGGAUGGUUGGUGGCCGUUUCCUCAAUCUUGAGGCUGCACUUUCUGCCAUGAGAAAAUCCGAUCCAUUGAAAUUUGUGAAGGCGCCAGAAACUCCGAUAAAGUUGGGUUUGGAGGACUCGUGGGAGUGGGAAACAGAGAGCUCUGUAUGGGAAGUGAGGGAAGAGAUGGAGAAAUGGGCAAGGAGUUUCACAGCUAAAGAAUUUGAGAGAACUUAAGACCCAACGACGAAGCAAAUUCCUUCCAAAAAAGAUGGCUCACGGCUUCUUCUCUCGGUUUUACAUCAUCCUGUAUCGCUGCUGAAGCUAUGCUUCUCGAGAUAUUGAUAUUCGUUCGUGGUUUCCAUUGGCUGCACGAGUGACUGCUGCGUGCAUUGUGUGUAGAAAGAUAUGAAUGAUGAUUUCUCUCAACUUGGGUAAGUUUUGGGGUUCUUACACUGUUGCCAACUGAUGAUGAUACUCUGUAUUUAUGGCUAGAAAUCUAAGAUAACCAUUUUUGUUUCUCUCUA